AUGGUUAUUCCAAGCACUCGAAAAGGGCAUGGGCCAGGAUCUCGAGACAACUUUGGAAAUUCGAAUCAUCACGGAGAAGAGGGAAAUCAUCGAUAUAACAAUGGUCAACGAUCGGAUAUUGAAGAAGCAAAGGUUGAGCCAAUAUCAGGGGCUGGAGAUUCAGUGAUGAAGCUUAACAUUGGCGGCACCUCGUUUCGUCUUCGAAUUUCAAGCAUUUUUUCACGGUCCAGUGACGACAGGCUUUCAGCUUUUGCACAAUUAACACACGAGCAAAGACUUCAGUCUUGCGAUGCGUUUUUAUUGCCACAAGAAGAAUAUUACUUUGAACGAUCUGCCAUUCUGUUUGAUUCAAUUUACAAAUACUACAUUGCUGGACAACUGCACCGUCCUCUCGAUGUUUGCCCGCAGGAAUUCUCCGCAGAGCUCAAUUACUGGAAGAUCAACGAUGGAUUAAUGGCAAACUGUUGCUGGCGCGGAUACAAUAUGAGUGCUUCUCUUGAAGAAUUAGUUGCACCGAAGGAGAAAAAGAUUGAAAUUCAUGAUUGCUCACUUCGUUAUCGAAUUCAUCAAUUUUGCGAAGGAGACGGAUCUCUUUUGUCAACUCUGUUCACUUUUGGAAGCAUUUCGUUCGUUUUGAUCAGCGUUAUCGGUCUUGUACUCGGUUCAAUUCACGAGUUUCAGGUCCCGGUGUUCAAAAAUGAAACGAAUUCGGAACGCAUUCAAAAUCUAAGUUCUGUCGAUAAUGAUGUGGUUAUCUGGGAGCCUCAUCCAGUAUUUGGAGCUGUUGAAACUGUGUGCAUUAUCUGGUUCACGGUGGAAUUCAUCCUUCGUCUUGCGGUUACUCCAAACAGGGUUGCGUUCCUCGUCGGCAUUAUGAACAUCGUUGAUAUGAUUGCGAUCAUUCCGUUCUAUCUUGAACUCACGUUGGCUCUCUUUGGCAUAGACAUUGCUAGUCUAAGCGAUAUCAAAGGUGCGCUGCUUGUUGUCAGAGUUUUGCGAGUUCUUCGAGUUGUCAGGAUAUUGAAACUGGGAAGAUAUUCAUCUGGUAUGCGAACGUUUGCUCUCACAUUGAAAAGCUCUGCGCGCCAGCUUGGAAUGAUGGGAAUGGUUCUUUCCACUGGUGUUGUCUUUUUUUCAACCUUAUUGUAUUUUGUCGAAAAAGAUGAGAAAGACACUCCGUUCACUUCAAUUCCUGCAGCGUUCUGGUGGGCUAUUGUAACAAUGACUACAGUCGGAUACGGAGAUUAUGUUCCGGUAACAGUCCCUGGAAAGUUAAUUGCAAGUGGUGCAAUUAUUAGCGGUGUGCUCGUACUUGCUCUUCCCAUUACAAUUAUUGUUGACAAUUUCAUGAAAGUAUCAGGAAACGUGAACACCAACAUAUUCUCACAACAACGUCCACCAGAGGAAAAUGCAGAAUAA